CGUCUCGGAGACUGACGUCACUGGCGAACGGAAAGACAUGAGCUCUGGGGUUCUGGAUGAGGACGAGUUCCGGUUCUGCUGCCGGAGGAUCCUGCAGAGGUCGGACCAGCUGGGGGACGGAUGGAGCUGGGAGGGGGUCCAGGGCUCGGAGGACGGCUACCUGAAGAAGACGGUUCUCACGAUGGUUCCCACCUGGAAACAGGAACCUGGGGGAUCCGGGUCAGAACCACAGCCAGACCCUCCAGGACCUGACCAGGACCAGGACCAGUCUGUCUCUGCUGCUGCUGACCUCAUCAGUGAUGUCACCGAUGACCUCAUCAGUGAUGAGGAGGACGGUUCCCCCCCAGGGACCGGAGGCAGCUCCCGGGUUCUCCGGCUGGAGUUCCACGUCCUGUUCUCCUGCAGCUACAGCACCCCGGUCCUGUACUGGAGAGCCUCGGACCUGGAGGGGCGGAGCCUAACCUUGGAGGAGAUGUGGAGCUCCACCCACCCCGACUUCAGACGCCUUCAGGACGGACCGCUAAACACCAUCAGCCAGCAGGAGCACCCCUUCCUGGGUCAGCCGUUCUUCUUCCUGCACCCCUGCAGGACCGAGGAGGUGAUGAGGCGGGUUCUGCAGGUCUCGCUGGACCAGGACAGACCUGUGAACUACGUGGUGUCCUGGCUCAGCGUGGUGGGUCCGGUGGUGGGUCUGAGGGUCCCGCUGGAGUUCUGCAGCGCCCCGCCAUGAUGCUGCUGCCACCACCGUGGUACACCAUGAUGCUACACCAUGAUGCUGCUGCCAUGGAGUACUGUAGUAUUGGACUACUGGAGUACUGGACUACUGGAGUACUGGAGUACUGUAGUACUGUAGUGCUCGUAACCCAAGGUUGGCCCUGUGAAAAGUGAGCAGGUGAACAAAUGAGCCCUACCCGGACUUCAG